AUGUCAAGAAAGAGAACUAGGAACCAAUCCUUUGAUGAUGAUUAUACCUUUUAUUCAAAACGUGGCCGUCCCGAUCGUGAUACUGUAGAAUCGCUUGUGUAUCGAAUAGGCAGCAAGAAUUUGGAUAAAAUUCACAAGGAUGUAAAUGACCUUUCCAUUCUUUUUUGUUCAGAUCUUGAUAAAAAUAUUGAUAGUCGUGUUAGAGUCUUUACUAAAUGUGCCAGAGAUAUUCCUGAACGCAUGGAGAUAUACACUACUCUUUUGGGGUUAAUUAAUCUCAAAAACCACGAAUUUGUUAUGGGCGUUAUCAAUUCAAUCAUUCGGGAAUUGAAGGACUCUCUCAAAGCAUCUCGCUUUGAUGACGUCAAAUAUUUGGUUCGCUUUCUAUCUAACUCUGUUAAUGGAAAUCUAAUUCAUCCUGGGAGUCUGCUAUCGCUUUAUGAAAGCUUCGUAGAAGUCACUCUGGAUGUAUCUUCUAGUUCUCAAUGUCGAAUGGAUUGGUACUGCUAUGUGGUUCUCUCCUCUCUUCCAUAUAGCGCUAAGCGUCUGUAUGAGCAUAAUGCUGCUGCUCUUGAAUCAAUCCUCAGCACUAUCAGCGUGUAUCUUUCCAAAAGGACUACGCACCAUGUCUCUAUGUUGCGUGUUUGGGAAACGUCAGAUCCUCACCCACAGGAAGAUUAUUUGACUUGCCUGUGGGCACAAAUAAUCGCGAUGCAAAAGGCAAAUUGGAGGGAAAAUGUCCUUUGGAGGAUCGCUGAUGCUUUUCCAGCUCUUCGUGAAAUUGGUCAACCCUGCGAAUUUGGCAUGGUUACACCGCCAGAUUACGACCCAGACGUGGUUUAUCCUCAUCCUCAAGUCGUUUUUCGGAUGUUCGAUUACACAGAUGUUUACAACUCUGAGGAAGAGGAGGCGGAGGUGGGGGGCAGUAUGCCAAUUGUAUCUACUUCCCCGUCUCUCCCCGGUGCCCACACAAUUGAACGUUUUCUGGUCGAUGAACAAAUUCACGUCAUUCUGGAGACCAUGCAAUUCAACAGAGCAAUGUGUUCUAAAGCUCUUCUCAAUUUCCAAACCCGCGCUAAACUAGCGUUGGAGUACAUGAUAGUUGAAGCAAUAUUCGCGGAUAUCUUCCGCUUACCCAAGCCACCAGUUCGUCAUGGAAAUCUCCUUUUCUACUCCUCUCUCCUGAUUCAACUUUGCAAUGAUUCCAUGAGCACAAUGCCGCUGGUUCUCGCUCAAGCCACUGAAACUCUCUUUGAUCGUCUUGAUUCCAUGAAACCGGCCUGCAUUACACGCUUUGUGGAGUGGUUCUCUUUCCACCUGAUUAAUUAUCAACUCAAGUGGAGUUGGAAGGAUUGGUCUCGUGCGUUGGAGGAGCCUGUUAUGUCUCCUCGUCGCUGGUUUAUCUCGGAGACUCUGGCUCGACUUGUUCGUUACUCGUAUUUUGAAAAUGUGAAACAACAUCUCCCAAGGUCAUUUCACUGUCUUCUGCCACCUAAACCGGGCCCUGUGAAUCCCUAUGAUGAUGCUCCCAUGCCACGAAGAAAAGCCUUCCUGAAAGUCUUGGAAGCACUCAAUCAACGUUUGAGCCCUGAUGCUCUUCUUGACGUAGUUCGAAGGACAGCAGCUCAAAAAGGUGACGACAUGGAGGAGUCCGACAUUCACGUUCGUCGACGUUCUCGAAGCCUCUCCGACACUGACGGUUCACCUGAACACCCUUCCGAAUCUUGUGUGAAUGACACAGACGGUGAAAAGAAUGAGGAGAUGGAUAAGGACGAACCACUCGCUCAAUGUUUGAUUCCUGGUGUUAGUAGUCUUGAAUUAGAGCUCUUUAUGGCUGCUCUCCUACUACGAGCUCAUAAAACCAUCAGCCACACGUAUUCUCUUCUUAGUCGGUAUGUCGAUGUAUUCAGGGCACUGGCCUCCACGGUGGAUUUGCAGAUAGAAGCAUUGCAUAUUCUUCAAGUCGUUUGGUAUGACCAAUCACAAAUGGUUGUAGCGAUUUCGAACUACAUGAGCCGUGAAGGAAUGCUAGAUCCAGAGUCGAUUGUGCUGUGGGCGUUUUCGCCUUCAAUGUCUGCUUUUACUAAUGAACUGGACUUCAAUCCACCCUCAAGUGUUCAUAUUCGGCCGCAGUUGCUACAGUCUCACGUUUGGGAGUGCUUGAUGCAUACUCUAAUACGUGUUAGCCAACGAGUUGUCCAAGUAUCAUCUGGAUUGGAGGACGCUAAGGAUGGAAUGGGAUCUGGCCGCCGUCGAUCUAGAAGUAGAUCACGUUCAGGCGGCAGUUCAAGUGAGGACGAACAUGGUGACAUAGAUCUUCGGAAGAAGAUCAAUAGAAGUCGCCGUCAUCACCACAGAGACCGUAAUCAGUUUAGAAGUCGGAGUCAUGACAGUAGUGAUGACGGCGUCAGACGGUCAAAUGUCUCUCCUGAUCGAUUGGCUCAUAUGGAAGAGGUGCGCGGAGAAGCUCUACGUUCUCAGCUGUCUGUUAUUACUCUCCUGCUCCAUCGGAAUAUGCGUCUCAUAAAUGAUGUGUCAAACGAGAUGGAGAAAAUGGAGGCAUUAGGUGAAUCGCAGACCAUCAUUCGCAAUCUCGAAUCUGUGGCAUUUUGGAUAAAGGGUCGUCUCAUGCAAUCGGUUCUUGAGACGCUUUAUAUAACUGUUCUCUUUUCCAUGCAGCACCAAGAUCAAUUGUAUCCAUAUAUGGAUACUCUAGAGACAGAGAUGUCGGAUUUGUCACCCUUUAUGAAGGACCUUUUCCGGAGUCUGCGUAGUCUCUACGAAUAA